GGAAUUAGACUACUGUUGUGUGGCUUCGAGUUCGCGAUCGGUUUCGAAAUGGCGACUAACACUAAUCCUCCCGUGUGCUAUAAUUGCGGCCAGACUGGGCAUAUUGCUAGGUACUGUCCCCUCCUUGAUCGUAGGUUAAUCGGACAACAGGCGUCUACUAGUAAUGCUAUCGUGCCGGUUCAGACUCCGCUGUUGACUAUGCCCUCGAAUGGAAAUGGUGUUGGUACGAUGGUUCCAGCCUACAAUGGAUAUCACAAUCAGGGCUACUCCAACAUUGGGGGGUUGCGGCAACGUGUCUACAGUUUGGAGGAAAUCGUCGGCAAGAUCAAGGUCAAGCACGAUGCAGACGAGGCUAAAGAGAAGGCAAUCAAAGAAGAGGAGGAAAGGAAGAAACGAGAGAAAGAAGAAGAAGAACGACGUGCAAGAGAGAAGCGUGAUCGAGAGGAACUGCAUAAGGAGCUGAAUGUGAAAUUGGAGGAAAUUAAUAAGGCUUUGGAGGGAAAGAAUAACAACAGUGACGAAUUGACGAAAUUGCGUGAAGAGAUUCAAGUGUUGCGCUGUGGGCAAUGCGUGUCUAACUUAGUAGGACCCUCCACGGUGUCCAACGAGAAGGAGCAGGUUACAAUGUUGCAACGAGAAUUGGCGGAAAUGAAGAUGGCGUCUGAAAGGUGGUUCGCCGUAUUGGAAGAAGAAAUCGCGAAAGAGCAUAGGCUUCGUGAGGAAGCAGUUGCCGAUGCUGAAGCCUGGAAGCAUGAGGCGCUUAGGCCAGGUAAUAAGUGAGGUUCGAUAGCAGUUGGGAUAUCUCCCACUACACAAGUGAGGCAGAGGGCUCGAACUACUCCAGUGGGGCUGGGUAUCAGUAGCAAAAAGAAGGUGGAUGAACAUCUUAAAGCCGUGGUGGAGAGACAUGAGGCGGAGGUCGAGCUUUUGAAAGC